AUGACUGUAAACAGAAGACAAAUGGAUCCUUCGCUGGAAAUUAGAAAACUCUCCCCAAGAUACAUAAGGGAGUUGGCUCAGAUACUGGAAACUCAUGAAUUGUGGAAGAGACUAAUGUCAAUCAUACCAAAGACACUGGAAAAGUUUAAUUUCGUGUGUAAUGUUACCUUAGAUAAUCCCCACAAAUAUAAUUCAGAACAUUUUAAGUUAAUAGAGAAUGCAUCGGAAAGGUACAGGAGAGCUUGUACUGAAAUAUUGCUGGACGAAUGGGGAACAUCAGGCAGAUUGAGACCGGUUCUAGGUCAUUUGCUGUACCUCUUAACACAAGCAAAAUUGUUUCGAGCUGCGGAUUACAUUGCUGUGGAUCUCCUAAAACAGGAGAAACAUCAAAGACCAAGCACUGGCCCAGAAGCUUUGAUCUCAAUAGUAUUAUCUGAGCCUGCAAAACAGAAGGAUAAACAUCUGGAAGAGGUUGAAAGAUCAUUGGAUCAAAUCGGUUACCUUGAUUCUGCGUUGAUGUUAAUUAGAACUAAUUCCGAGGAGGCGGCUAGACAUCAAAAUGUGCCUUCAGUGAUAUCACAAAUAGUUAUAAGUCCCGAUAUCGAUGAAGACAAUCAUGGACCACAGUUCUCUGUGCCACUCGUCGUGCAAAGGGAAAGAAUCGAUUCAGACAUAAAUAAUGACUCUGAUAUGAUGAAAUUCUCGACAGGAUCUCAGUCAACAACCAGCCAAAAUUUGAACGAAACAAAAUAUAGGCCUGAAAUAUCACAAUUACUUAACGAAUCACCGAUUUCAUUCACAGAAUUCGUCCGACAAUUCAACAAAAUCACGACCGUGCACAUCGCCUUUACCCAAUAUUUCUCUCAACACUCUUCUGCCANAAUAGUAUUACCUGAGCCUGCAAAACAGAAGGAUAAACAUCUGGAAGAGGUUGAAAGAUCAUUGGAUCAAAUCGGUUACCUUGAUUCUGCGUUGAUGUUAAUUAGAACUAAUUCCGAGAAGGCGGCUAGACAUCAAAAUGUGCCUUCAGUGAUACCACAAAUAGUUAUAAGUCCCGAUAUCGAUGAAGACAAUCAUGGACCACAGUUCUCUGUGCCACUCGUCGUGAAAAGGGAAAGAAUCGAUUCAGACAUACAUAAUGACUCUGAUAAGAUGAAAUUUUCGACAGGAUCUCAGUCAACAACCAGCCAAAAUUUGAACGAAACAAAAUAUAGGCCUGAAAUAUCACAAUUACUUAACGAAUCACCGGAACUGUCCGAUAUGAUAGCAUUUUCAUCAGAGACGGUGUCAAGUGGUAGCAUCAAUGAUAUUGAAUGUGAUAGACCUGAGAUUUCUCAGUUGCUUAAUGGGAUGACAGAGUCAAACUUACCAAAUUUCGAUAUGAUGAAUGAAUCUCUCAAUGUGAGCAGUGGAGAAAGCUCAGAGAACACCUCUGAAGAAGUUCCUGCUUUUAGUGAACUACUAACCAAAGAAUGUAAUUGUACUAGCUCAGAAGAGUUACCAGAAUUAAAUAUAGAUUCUUCAUAUGAGCCGAACAUUCCAAAUUUGAGUGCUUUGAACGAUAGUGUUCAACUCGAAACUUUGCUUAAUAUAUCUAUUUUGAAUGUGACUGGACAAAGUGGAAGUGUGUAUAUGGAAAACAGUGUCAAUUUCGUGCCUGACUUCGAUGCCUUACAGAAAA